CGGCGCAUGUUUAUGAUUGGGCGGCUCAUUACCUGGUACAGGUGUGUGUCAGCUGAGCGCGUGCCUGAUGGAGCCCGGACCUGAAGCUGCGCCCGCGGGCGUGCAAGUGCGCGAUGAGCUGUCCGAGAAGUGUCAGAAGUUAUUUCUGGAGUUCUUGGAAGAGUUUCAGGAUAAAAACGGCGAUGCUUUGUACCUGUCCGACGCGCAAGAGCUGAUCAGACCUGAGAGAAACACGCUGACCGUGAGCUUCAGUAACAUCGAGCACUACAACCAGCAGCUCGCCACCACCAUUCAGGAGGAAUAUUACAGGGUUUACCCGUUUCUCUGCAGAGCAGUUCGCCACUUUGCCCGAGAUCAUGGAAAUAUUCCACCAUCCAAAGAGUUUUAUGUGGCUUUUUCAGAAUUUCCAUCUAGGCAAAAGAUCCGCGAGCUCUCCACCGCCCGCAUCGGCACUCUGUUACGCAUCAGUGGUCAGGUGGUGCGAACCCACCCCGUGCAUCCAGAGCUGGUCAGUGGCACCUUUCUCUGUCUGGACUGUCAGUCUGUCAUCAAAGAUGUGGAGCAGCAGUUCAAAUACACACAGCCGACUAUCUGCAAGAACCCUGUGUGUGCCAACCGCCGCCGCUUCAUGCUCGACACAAACAAGUCACGCUUUGUUGACUUCCAGAAAGUGCGCAUCCAGGAGACGCAGGCAGAGCUGCCGAGAGGCUCCAUUCCCCGCAGUGUGGAGGUGAUUCUGAGGGCAGAGGCUGUGGAAACCGCACAAGCAGGAGAUCGCUGUGAUUUCACCGGCACACUGAUUGUUGUGCCUGAUGUGUCUGCCAUGGCACUCGCUGGUACACGAGCAGAAACCAGCAGCAGGGUGACGGGGAAGGAGGGCUUUGAGGCCGAUGGCAUUCAGGGGCUGAAGGCUUUGGGUGUCAGAGAACUCUCCUACAGACUGGCCUUCCUGGCUAACAAUGUGGCCCCAACGAAUCCACGGUUUGGAGGGAAGGAGCUUCGUCAGGAGGAUCAGACAGCUGAGAGCGUGAAGAACCAGAUGACCGUGCAGGAAUGGGAGAAAGUGUUUGAGAUGAGCCAAGACAAGAAUCUCUACCACAACCUCUGCACAAGUCUCUUCCCAACCAUUCACGGUAAUGAUGAAAUUAAACGUGGGAUUCUGCUGAUGUUAUUUGGUGGUGUUGCCAAGACGACCAUGGAGGGGACGUCUUUACGUGGCGACAUCAACGUGUGUAUAGUUGGAGACCCGAGUACAUCUAAGAGCCAGUUCCUCAAGCAUGUGGAGGAUUUUGCCCCCAGAGCAGUGUACACCAGUGGUAAAGCCAGCAGUGCCGCCGGUCUGACUGCUGCUGUGGUCAAAGACGAGGAGUCGCAUGAGUUUGUCAUUGAAGCAGGAGCCCUCAUGUUGGCUGAUAAUGGGGUUUGUUGUAUUGAUGAAUUUGAUAAAAUGGACCUUAAGGACCAGGUGGCCAUCCAUGAAGCCAUGGAGCAGCAGACCAUCUCCAUCACAAAGGCAGGCGUUAAGGCCACUCUGAAUGCUCGCACAUCCAUCCUGGCUGCUGCCAACCCCAUAGAUGGCAGAUAUAACCGUGCCAAGUCUCUGAAACAGAACGUCAACAUGUCAGCACCUAUCAUGUCCAGAUUUGAUCUUUUCUUCAUACUGGUGGAUGAAUGCAAUGAGGUUACAGACUACGCCAUCGCCCGUCGGAUUGUAGAUCUUCAUGCCAGGAACAUUGAGUCUGUAGAAAGAGUUUACAGUACUGAUGAAAUCCAGAGAUACAUACUGUUCGCCCGCCAGUUUCAACCAAAGAUAACCUCAGAGGCUCAGGAGUUCGUGGUGGACCAGUACAAGCGUCUGCGGCAGCGGGAUGGAGGAGGAACCACCAAAUCAGCCUGGCGAAUCACAGUGAGGCAGCUGGAGAGUAUGCUGCGUCUGUCUGAGGCCAUGGCCAGACUCUACUGCUCAGACGAGGUUCAACCCAAACAUGUGAAGGAAGCGUUUAGACUCCUGAAUAAGUCCAUCAUUCGUGUCGACUCACCCGACAUCAAUUUUGACCAGGAGCAGGAUGACAACAAUGUGAAUGAUCAGAAUGAGCUGUUUGGUAAAGAGACAGAAGGUCAAAAUGGAGGUGACGUGAACGGUCAUCCGGUGGAGGCCAUGGACACUGAUGAGCCAGAAAAGCAGGAGAAGCCAGCAGUAACCAAACCUGCUAUCAGAAUGACAUUUGCAGAGUACAAGAGGGUCUCCAACCUGCUGGUGCUGCACAUGCAAAAGAUGGAACAACUGGAUGAGGAGUCCUCUCUGAAGAAAAGUGAACUUAUUAACUGGUACCUGAAAGAAAUGGAGAGUGAAAUUGAUUCAGAAGCUGAACUCGUCGCUAAGAAGAACCUCAUUGAAAGAGUGCUGUACAGACUCAUCCAUUAUGAUCAUAUCAUCAUAGAGCUGACUAAAACAGGGCUGAAAAAGAUCAGUGAGGAUGGAGACGAGCCCGUCCUGGAGGAGGAUCCGUUCUUGGUGGUGAAUCCCAACUAUAUACUGGAAGACUAGUCAAGCUGGCUUUACCAACCUUGAUUAUUUUUACUUAUUGAUUUGGUACCUCUAUAAUCUUUAAUCAUGACUAAUGUAACAUGGGACAUUUUUGAUGAAGUGAAUAAUAAAAAUAAAUAGAUUUAUAUUUUGCA